AUUAUAUUGUGGGGAAUUGGCUUCAAUUUGGGGAUACAUAGGUUUUCUCAAGCUUAACUAACGCAACGGCAAUGGCGGUUGAUGAUGAUUGUUCUGCGGGAUUGGGUAAGACUAGGGCUUCGCAUCUACGCACUUCUGCUUCCACCCCCAUAGAUUCCUUGAAUAUUGGCUUUCAGUUGUUAAAGAAGCAAGGAUGGAAAGAAGGUACUGGUCUUGGUGUUUCCGAACAGGGCAGGCUGGAGCCAAUAGCAACUGCUGUCAAGAAAAACAAAAGAGGUGUGGGAGCAGAAGAGGCAAAAGUUCAAAUCAAGAAAUCAAAAGUUAAGAAGGAUACGUAUGAUCCAGAAUCACCUGAGACUAAGGUACGAGGCACCUCAAAGAAGAUAAGGAAAGUUCAAGAGUUUGAAAAGAAGAUGCAAGAAAAGGAAUUUGAUCGGGAUUUCUUCAGGAUGUUCUGGCCAGAUAACGUCUGAACAUAUUUGUUUGUCUCAGGAGUCAGGAAGUUGAUCUGGAAAAGGUACUUCAGGAAUUUGGCAUUUCUAUUCUGUCCAAUGACAGUCGUGAAAGUGCUCUUAUGAGUAAUGAUUUAGCAGCUGGCCUUCAUUGUUAUCUGAAGCUUUCCUUGCAAUCGAAAGUUAUUUCUUUUACCGUGUUACAGGCUCUCGUCGCAGUUCUCACAUAAUGUAAAAUGAGUGAGAAAAUUGUUUCAUUAAUUUUUCCAUAUCAUUCUGAAAAUUAGUGUAGAGUUGCGUGUCCUCUCCUUUACUGUGUAUAUGUAGAUUGGAAAAAUAGAGGUAACAAUGGGGAACACUAAUUCUUCAUAUGCUGAGUCUUGUCAAAAUUAAUUAUGAAUACAUUUGAACUUCAAUUUUGUUGUAA